UCGAGAAUCGAGCGCUUGACCGCCUUGCCUCAAAAGCGCCAAACAGUGUGAGAGAGAAGAAAACCCUAGGAGAGCGCCAGAGCUACGCAGCGAAUUUGCUCAAUGCAGGCGCCGAUUCGAGGGUGUAAGCAAGGAAUCGAGCUCAUUCGAUUGGGAUAGUUUGAGGUGAUUUGCUGGAUCGAGUAAGCGCAUCAUUCUUUUCUUCGUGAUUUUCGCAGUAGGAGGAUUUCUCGAGGGAUUGACAAUAUCUUGACGAUCAAGAAUCCAGACGAGGCGAUCGGGAUAGUUUGAGUAGGGAAGCAUGGCCGAGCUGGGCCCUGUCCACAAGUAUGCGGCAGGCGCGUUGUUUUCGCUUGCUUUGAACCAGGCACAAAGCCAUCAGCGAAGCUUGCCACCGAGAGUAAACGAUGAUCAAAAUGCUAUUGCCGAAGGUAGCCAGGAAGAGGAGACGCCAUGGAGCAGUGAGGAGUUUGGACUCGCGCAGCACGUUUUCCGAUACUUGGAUAUCGAGAAGAAGUCGUGGAUGGGUUUGGAGACGACCGCUAUUUCUCCCGACGCUAAACACCAUAUAGGUGCUUUUCUGAGGCUCCUGUCCGAGGAAGAUGUGCCAACCACGUCAGAAACUUUGCCCGAAGACGACCUGGCCAAAGCCAUAGAUGCGAUGAGCCUGAAACUUGAAGAGUCUUCUUCAACUUCUCCAACGCGGAACGCGAAUCCUCCGUCUAGAGACCGCGAAAGCUCGUCAGCGCCACUCUCGGAUCAGAGGUGUUCCAUUUCACAGGAGAUAGACAGUUCGGUGCUUACGAGGCAAAGGAAAGUGGCCGUCCUCUACGAACUUCUUGUUGCUUGUGUUGCUGAUGCAUCAGACGAGAAGAAAGCAUUCAGAGGUGGCUACGAUUCUCGAUACAGAGUCACAUUACGACUCUUGGCCACAUGGUUUGACGUAAAAUGGUCGAAAAUGGCUGCUAUGGAGGUUAUGGUGGCAUGCAUGGCGAUGGCUGCACGUAAAGAGCAGAGCACAGCAGAAGCAGAAGCUGAAAAGAGCAAAUGGUCCAAGUGGAAGCGUGGAAGUCUCAUAGGCGCAGCAGCAGUGACGGGAGGGACGUUGCUAGCAAUUACUGGGGGUCUAGCGGCUCCGGCAAUUGCAGCUGGUUUAGCCGCUUUAGCUCCGGCAGCUGGAACGGUUGUUCCUAUCAUUGGAGCAAGUGGUUUUGCAGCAGCUGCUGCUGCAACUGGAACGGCUGCCGGCUCAGUUGCAAUCGCGGCGUCAUUUGGAGCUGCUGGUGCUGGUUUAACGGGAUCCAAAAUGGCCAGAAGAAUUGGUGAUGUUGACGAGUUUGGUUUUGAGGCGAUUGGAGACAACCAUAAUCAAGGAAGACUGGCGGUUGCUAUUGUCAUAUCUGGGAUCAUUUUUGAGGAAGAUGACUUCACCAGGCCAUGGAUAUUUCCAGACGCAGAUCUUGAAAGGUACUCUUUACGCUGGGAAACUAACGUUUUAAUGGCUGUGAGCUCUGCUAUUCAAGAUUGGCUGACCACAGCGGUUGCAAAGGAGUUGAUGAAACGAGGAGCGAUGAUGACCGUUUUGAGUGGCCUACUUGCAGCACUAGCAUGGCCUUCUGCUUUGCUGUCUGCUACAGACUUCAUCGACAGUAGAUGGACCAUCGCAGUUGACAGAUCUGACAAGGCUGGAGAAAUUCUUGCGAAUUGUCUGCUCAGCGGACUCCAUGGCAGCAGGCCUGUAACGCUCUUGGGAUUCUCCUUAGGAGCUCGAGUGAUUUUCUCGUGUUUGGAGCACUUGGCAAAGAAAGGAAAUGGUAUGCUUCUAUUUACCUGGCGAGAGCUCAUGAUUCUCGUUACAGGUGGCAUUGUAGAAAGAGUGGUGUUAUUGGGAGCUCCUCUUUCUCUUGAUAGAAAGCGAUGGAUGAAUGCUCGUAAGAUUGUGGCUGGUAGAUUUGUGAACUGCUAUUCAUCUAACGACUGGAUCUUGGGAGUCAUAUACCGUGCAAGCAUUUUGUCCCAAGGCCUCGCCGGGAUACAACCAGUUGCUCUCCCAGGGAUAGAAAACGUCAAUGUAACGCAUCUGAUCACCGGCCACUCCUCCUACCUCUCAAAGAUCCCAGAGAUUCUAGAGACGAUUCAUCUGGACAAUUACUUCCCAGUCUUCUUCUAGGACAAAAGAAAUAUGAACAC